AUGCCAAAAAUCAAGACGAACCGCGUGAAGUACCCUGAAGGAUGGGAGCUGAUAGAGCCGACGCUGAGAGAACUUGAGCAAAAGAUGAGAGAAGCGGAGAGCGACACGCACGAGGGGAAGCGCAAGUGCGAGGCGGUGUGGCCCAUCUUCAAGAUCGCGCACCAGAAGAGCCGCUUCAUCUACGACCUCUACUACCGCCGCAAGGCCAUCAGCAAGGAGCUCUACGACUUCUGCCUCGAGCAGAAGCACGCCGACGCCAGCCUCAUCGCCAAGUGGAAGAAGGCGGGGUUUGAGCGGCUGUGCUGUGUGCGGUGCAUGCAGCCCAAGGACCACAACUUCGGCACCACGUGUGUGUGCCGCGUGCCCAAGCACCUGCGCGAGGAGAAGGUCAUCGAGUGCAUCCACUGCGGCUGCCGCGGCUCCACGAUGGCCGCGACCCGUCUGCUCGCCUUUCUCCUCCUACUCCUCGUCUCCCACGCCGUCCUCUCGUCAGCCGCACCUCGUCUGCCGAAAAGAGUCGCUCUGACUGUUCAAGCCCACGCGCAGCGUCUUCGAGCGCGAGCCGCGGCUUUGAGCACGAACUCCCAGGGCCUCUUCAGUGAGCUCCGAGGCGCCGCAACCCCCGCCGCGACCGGCGGGCCCAUCAAGUACAAUGGAGGUCCCGUCAUCGUCGGAAACCCGACGGUGAACAUCUACCAUAUCUACUACGGCAGCUGGCCGACGGGCUCCGGGCAGGACUACAUCGACAACUUCGUUCGGUCUCUAAGUAGCGACUCGGGCGCGCAGGGCUCGUCGAGCGACCCGACGGUGAAGGGGUGGUGGGCGAUCACGUCGAACUACUACCAGUCGAGCAGCGGGGCGAAGAAGAACGUGAGCUCAAAGGUGCGGCUCGCGGGGACGACGUACGACAACUACUCGUACGGCAAGGCGCUCACCGACAACAACGUGCUCUCCAUCGUGAAGAGCAAGAUCGGAUCUGGCAAGGCCUUCGCGUACGACCCGCACGGGAUUUACGUUCUUAUAUCGAGUAAGGACGUGACCGAAUCGUCGGGAUUCUGCAGCCAAUACUGCGGAUGGCACGAUGCGGCCUCUAUCGGAUCAUCCCCAUUGUACUACGCGUUCGUGGGUCACCACGCCCAGUGUCCCAACGCGUGUGGUGUGAAGAGCACCUCUCCCAAUGGCAACCCCGCUAUAGACGCCACCAUUUCAACUCUCGCGCACGAAAUUACCGAAGCUGCUACGGACCCGGAUGCUCAGUCUGGCUGGUUCGACGCGGGUGGGGAGGAGAACGGGGAUCUGCACACCUUCACCGCCGCCACCCCCUGGAACUGGUACCAAGAUGAACUGCCAGUGCACGUGUGCUAG